AUGAAGCGCUUGGUAGUGAGAGGCGCAGACGUGGCGUUCGUUGUGGCACUGCUGAUGGCAGCGGGUGCGGUAUGGCCUUGUGCACACGGAGUGCGCGCCCGGCUCCACGAGCGCCGCGGUGUGGCGCGGUGCCCAGAGGCGGGCGAAGGCGGGUACGAAGCGCUGAUGGCAGCCGGACUGAGGCACGCACAGAGCAAUGCAGCGCUGGCCAAAGCGUUGGCCUGCUUUGACGCGGCAGCCGCAAGCUCACCUCGGUCGCCCGAGCCGCUACGCGAGGCUGGGCUAGUUGCGGCACGGGCGGGUCGACGAGUCGAGGCACUCACGGCGCUACGCAAGGCGGCCGCGCUAGCCGACGGCAGCGGGUAUGCGCAUCGGGUGUACGCCGCACUCUAUGACGUGCAUGCAGGUUCCAAUGCGUGGGAUAAGGCAGCGGCAGCGAUCUCCAAGGCUGUUGACCUGGCGCCGUCGUGCGUGUACUAUCAGGCGCUAGCGCAGGCGCGGCUCUCGAGCGGGGACGUGCUUGGGGCGUGGAGAGCACUGGUGAAUGCACGGGCGGCGCCCGAUGUAGAGAGGCUUGAUGCUGCGCAGUUGGUUGCGCUCGAAACCAACAUCGGACGAUUGUCGUCGCCGGCAGCAGUAGCAGCAGCUGCAGGCGACGAGCCGGACUCGGAGGCCAUCCGCAGCCGCGGGCUCGACGCGUUUGCAGCGGCCGUGGCCGGCUCGGCCAAGGCCGGCCUCUCUUCGUCGGCCGAGCUCCACUACCGGUACGGGACGGCACUGACCGAGGCCAUGGCCCGGCGACGGUGGUCGACGCUUGCCGGCAGCGCCGACGACCAGUUUGACUAUGUGGACGAGGCGCUGGCGCAGUUUGACAGAGCGGCGGAAAUCGAACCGAACCACCAUCACGCCCGGGUCUCGGCCUUUCACUCGGCCAACUACAACUGCGUGUUUGACAAGCGUGCCGAGAGCCACCGGUAUGUGGAGGCGCUGAUGGAGUCGCAGCUCGCGGCAGGCGCCGAUCUAACUAUUACGCCCGAAAUGGCGCUCCUCGCCUUUGACGGGCCGCUCCUUGCCUCGGUCAACGCACGACUUGCGACCGAGGCCGAGCGAGACCACGUGAAUGCGGCGGUCAAAGCCGAACUCAUGGCAGGCUGGCCGAAGGAGCCGGCCAGCGAUGGGAGGAUUGUGCUCGGCAUCCUCAACACUUGGGGCCCGAACGCAAUCAUGUCCAAGGUCAUGGACUGUAUGGUGAGCGUGCUUGACCGAACCAAGUACCGCAUUGUGCUUUUUGAUCUCGGCGCAGUUCGCGGCUAUCUCGAGUCAUGGCCUGUCGACGAGGUGGUGUACAUGGGCGCGGCAGAUGGUGUGACCGGGGCGCGGGCAAUCGCGUCGCGCAACGUCCACAUUCUGCUAGACUGCUCGAGCAUGAAAGAGCUGCGCGGUUUUUACUACACGCUCCACCGGCCGGCGCCGAUUGCCAUCAGCUGGCUCGGCUGGCCGACCACCUCCGGCACUUCCGCCGUCGACUACAUUGCCGGCGACCCGGUGGUGCUCCCCAAGUCACCAGGCGACGCCUCGCGCGGCGCGUUUGCCGAAUCGUUCCUUGUCCUUCCCUCGUACUUUGUCUCGUGCCAUCGGGCCAAGUCUGCGGCGCUCCUUCCGCAUCUUUCCCUCGCCAAAAGCGAGCGCAGCGGCGAGCGCAGCGCGCUCCGUGCCGAAAUCGGGCUGCCGCCAGCAGGCAGCGGCUUUGUCUUUGCCAACUUUAACCAGCUGUACAAAGUUACGCCGGCGCUUCUCGAUGCAUGGAUUGACGUCCUAGACGCUGUGCCAAGUGCCGUCCUCUGGCUACUGCGGCAUCCGUUACCGGGCGAGCGGCGGAUACGAAAGUACCUCGAGUCGCGCGGCAUCAGCCGCGAGCGGGUAGUCUUUACCCACACCACCCAGCCAGAGGUCUUUAUCCGGCGCGCUUCCGCCGCAGACCUCUUUCUCGACAACUUUAUCUACACCGGCGGCGCAACAACACUCGACACGCUCUUUGCUGGCGUUCCAGUCCUCACCCUUCCGGGAAACCGGAUUGUGGCGCGGAUGUCGGCCUCAAUUCUGACUGCCAUGGAACUCGAUGACGAGCUGGUUGCUUCGUCGGUGGACGAGUAUGUGGCGCGAGCAGUUCACCUUGCCACCAACGUCGACGAGUACGUGAGAGUGCGCACAAAGGUCGAAGCCGCGCGCGACGCAGACAACUCGCGCGUCUUUGAUGUCUCGACAUGGGUGUCCGGCCUUGAGGCCGGCCUCGAUGCAGUGUGGAGGGCAUGGGAAGGUGAGCAGGCCAAGCCGCAGGUCGUGGAUGUGAGCCAAAGACAAGCGUAGCAUACUCCUCUCGCUGCGGAGCUUGCUUGCUAAACACCUUGCACCCGCUCUCGAGCGACGCGUUC